AUGUAUAUCAUAUUAUUUUGUUGUUUAAUAUCCAAUAACAAAACAUUAGGAUUUCAUUUCCAACACAAAUCAUAUAACAGUGCAAAUAAUCGUUUGAAUCAUGAACUACGAGCAAUCACUACUAAACCAGGACUCGUGACAAAUUUACAUACAGUGUAUGCUAAAGACAAUUAUAAUGUCUAUUUAGCAGGUGAAAAGGUGAAUGCAGCAUCUGUUAACUCAUUGGAAUCUUUAGAUAAUGGUUAUGCGAAAGACAAAUCAAAUGUCUAUUAUAUGAAUAAUAAACUAGAUGUUGUAUCUGUUAAUUCAUUCAAAGGAUUAGGUAGUGGUUAUGCCAAGGAUAGUUAUAAUGUUUACUAUAUGGGUAAAAAGUUAAAUGUUAUAUCUGUUAGUUCAUUUCAAGGUUUAGAUGAUGGUUAUGCUAAAGAUAGUUACAAUGUUUAUUAUAUGGGUACAAAGUUAGAUGUUAUAUCAGUUAGUUCAUUUAAAUCGAUAGGAAGCGGUUACGCGAAAGAUAGUUAUAAUGUUUAUUAUAUGGGUAAAAAAUUGAAUGUUAUAUCUGUUAGUUCAUUCGAAGCUUUCGAUAGUGGUUAUGCCAAAGAUAGUUAUACUGUUUAUUUGACUGGUGAAAAAAUCGAUGUUAUAUCUAUUAGUUCAUUUCACACUUUAAAUAACGGUUAUGCUAAAGAUACUUAUAAUGUUUAUUAUAUGGGUAAAAAUUUAAAUGUUAUAUCUGUUAGUUCAUUUCAAGGUUUAGAUGAUGGUUAUGCUAAAGAUAGUUACAAUGUUUAUUACAUGGGUAAAAAGCUAGAUGUUAUAUCAGUUAGCUCAUUUAAAGCAUUAAGUGGUGAUUAUGCUAAAGAUAAUUAUAAUGUCUAUUAUAUGGAUAAAAAACUCGAUGUUAUAUCAGUUAGCUCAUUUAAAGCAUUAGACAGUGGUUAUGCAAAAGAUAAUUAUAAUGUUUAUUACAUAGGUAAAAAGUUGGAUGUUAUAUCUGUUAAUUCAUUCGAAGCUUUAACCAAUGGUUAUGCGAAAGAUAAUUACAAUGUUUAUUAUAUGGGUAAAAAGAUGCAAGAUGCUUCAGCUAGUUCAUUUGUUUUACUCAAAAAACAGUGA